CCAGACUGACAGGUCUUUGUGUUCCCAAAUGGCUCAGGCAAUUGCGUAACUUCUGGCGUAACAUUAUAAUAGGUCAAGUCGUCAUUGGCCGCGGGUGGGCAGAUCAAGGCCGGCUAUUACACAGCCGGCGUGAGAAAGGGACAGAUAUAAGAGUAAUCUCCCGUGUAAAAAGUUUGUUUUGUGGUGGAACCACGGACGAAUAUUAGGUCGUUGUGGAACAGUCCGAAGUUACUACAGUCGCGAGCUCAGUCCAGAGCAGUGCAACCAGUGUUUAGUCCGGACUAGCAGGGGACUAGCUGUCCUUUGAAGAGAAAUGGCUGGAAGGAGGCAUGAAUAUGCUGGCCUUAUGAACUGGCUGGCCUAAGCAAAUGUUGCUGUAAAAGUUAUGGUGGCUGCCACAACAAGCUAUAGGUGCCAUACUCAGUAGUUAAGCAGUGGGCCUAUAUUAGGGACUUCAACUGCAAGAAAAACAACUGCCAUCAUUAACCACAGUUAAUCCAAUUUACCUACUGUUGAUCCGGCACCAGCCUGGUAUCAAGAUGCAGCAGCGAAGUCAUGAAUCUAGUGACGUCAAGAGCCUUAUUAAUGAGUUGUCUUUGCGGAUAGGUGAAGCUAGAGAAAGGAAAGAUGUAGCGGGACAGCUUACCAUCCAAUCUUGUCCAGGGAAUUCAGUAAAUGGAGUUAAAAAUGGCACAAACUGGUAUAAUCAAGCUUUUCCACCACUCUCAGAAAUUGGCAUCAAAACUCAGACUGCUUGUAGCUUGGAUACUAAACAUAGUGUUUGGUACUCUAAAACACCGCCAACAUGCGAGCCUAUAAAGGAAACAUCACAGAAAAAUGAAAGUUCAAACGUAACACAAACUGCAGAGAUGUCCCCUAAGAAUGGCCUGCUGCACAAAAGAUCCAACAGACUACCCUGUGAAGGUAAAGAAAAUGAAUUGCUGCCAGGGAAAGGUGAGCAGAAAAAGAAAAUCUCUCAGUCCAUGAAAAAAGAGCAUGCAUGGCAAACACAAGGCAGAAAGUCUGUAGAAAACUUUGUGGGAAACUAUAAAUCUUUCGUCCAUGAUUAUCUUCGCCGUACUUCAAAUGAGAGCUUCUGUAGGAAAGCAGAACAAGAUUGGAUGAGUUUCAUGUACAGUAGGCCCAAGUUUUCACCUAGACAUUCACUCCAGCCUCUUGGGCAAAAAGAAGACAAAAGCUGGUACGCAGUACCGGUGGAUAGUCUUCUAUGUUGACAAAUCCAGCAUCGUUUGUACAGAAGAGGUGAAUGUUAUUCUCAUAGCAGUCCAGACUCUCCUAUAAAUUGGCCUUCAAAUCAGAUGGCAAUGAAUAUAAUCCAUUGACAGUGGCGUAGGAAGAUGUUGGCGUUGGGGGCAAACUCCCUGCUGACAGUGAACGGCGUUCGCACUCGCACAUUACGUAAAAAAGAUGGGGGGGGGUACUGCACGCACGCACGUACACUGAGGUAGCAUACAAACGCUGUUAUUGUUAAAGGCAAGCAGAAUUAAAUAAGAAAAAACAAAUUAAAGAAUGACUCCCGGCUAACGCUUCACAACGCAUACUGGCCAGGGUAGCCAUCGGGUGGAAAAAAGGUAAAUAUUAAUUAAGCCUACUCACCAACGGCUCGUGACACGCUUUGUUCUAUCUCACAACAAACGCGGGGAAAUGGUUGCUGGAACCCUCUUCUA